UCCUGCAGAAGUGACCUUUUCCUUCGAUGUGGGGAACGGGCGAUGUGAGGUCACAGUGCGGUCUCCCACUGCCUUUAACGACAACCGGUGGCACCACGUGAGGGCUGAGAGGAAUGUGAAGGAGGCGACCCUUCAAGUGGACCAGCUCCCCAGCAAGACGCAAGCUGCGCCCACAGACGGCCAUGCCCGCCUGCAGCUCAACAGCCAGCUCUUCGUGGGCGGGACGGCCACCAGACAGAGAGGCUUCCUGGGGUGCAUUCGGUCGCUGCGGUUGAACGGGCUGGCCCUGGACCUGGAAGAAAGGGCCACGAUGACGCCAGGCGUGGACCCAGGCUGCCCGGGACACUGCGGCAGCUACGGACACCUGUGCCUCAAUGGAGGGAGAUGUAGGGAGAGACCCAGGGGCAUCGUCUGCGACUGUGCCUUCUCUGCAUAUGACGGGCCAUUCUGCGAGAGCGAGAUUUCUGCAUAUUUUGGAACUGGCUCGUCCGUUAUCUACGACUUUCAGGAACAUUCUAACUACACUGCCAGCAAGAACUCAAGCUCCUUUGCAGCUUUACUUCAUGAGGGUCUGACGCUGGCUGGAGAAGUGGCCACACUGAGCUUCCGGACCACAGGGACGCCCAGCUUACUCCUCUAUGUGAGCUCCUUCUACGAGGAGUACCUGUCUGUGAUCCUCGCCCCCAAUGGAAGUUUGCAGAUCAGGUAUAAGCUGGACAGGCACCAAGAACCUGACGUUUUUAACUUUGGUUUUAAAAACUUCGCCGAUGGGCGGCUUCACCAGGUGACGAUUCACAGAGAAGCGGCGGUGGUCUCUGUAGAGGUUAACCAGAAUUCAAGGAGACAAGUCGUCCUGUCGUCAGGAACAGAAUUCAAUGCUGUCAAAUCCCUUAUGUUGGGGACAAUUUUAGGUAAGUGUCAGAAAGAACAUCGUCCCCCCACCCCCAACUCCCGACAUGGAUCAGAAGUGUCAGGUUGCAAACACGAGAAGGGUUCAUGA